CAACUUUGUCACUCAAACUCAAAACACUAUAAUCAGCUAUGCCUUAUUUCCACACAAAAAGCAACGCCAUUUCAAUGACGGCGUUUCUACAGUUGGUCACCACCGUCAUCGUCCUCAUUCUCGUUCAAGAAUCAGCGGCCAGGGAGCUACGCCCCUCAGAUCACGGUCUAGAGUACCAAAGCCUACCACCAAAGGGUCUCAAGUCGCCGGAAAUGAUGUCUUUCUUCGGAUCAACUUCAAAGUCUUCCUCCACUUCAUCAUCGUCGACGCCGUCGGUAGUGGCGUUGCCAAAGGCCACGAAUUCCAACGACACCUCGUGGUGGCGGAGUGUGGCCAAUAACCAGCGGGGAAACGAUCACGUGAGGCACGUGCUGCUGUUAGGGAGCAUGAUUUGCGGCGUCGCAGGUGUGGCUUUGUUGGCUGCUUCCGCUUUUAUUUAUGUGAUUAAGAUUAAAUCAUUUUCCCCUUCCACUAAUUCAACUAAGAACGACAAUAAUAGUUUAGCCGUAAUUAGCAAUUAAUUACGAGUUUAUUUUGGAAAAAAAUUUAGAAAUUGGUGUAUUUUAUGUUGUAAUGUUUAUAAAAUUUAAUAUUUUACUUGUUAUAUA